AUGAGAGCGCACAACCCGCCCCCUCCCCUUCAUGCAUCCACAGCAACAGGAACGUCGGCAACAGUGCAUCUGCUGCAUGAGAACUUCAUAGAAUAUUGCACGCAGUGCUGUCUGUGCUGCUUGCGCAGCCUGCCAUGCGAACUACAGUCCCAAGGAAGAUUCGCUAUUUUUCAAAACAAAGGAAGGGGAGGGGUACUUGUGCACACUCAUAAAUUCAUUUACUUUUUGAAUAUGCUACGACUUCACUUUUUCCUUUUUACUUUUACACAUUUUUUUUUAUAUGUUUUACUACCACCGCCGAACAACCGACAAAACUUCGCAGAAUAUCUUUGAUCACGAUUAUUCAACAAAAAAACACCAUUGCAACCGCUUUUGCACGUUUUUGCAACACAAAAAAGCCCGGCAUGCGUAAAAAAGAAAAAAUGGAUUGCGUGUAGUCUUGAUACGUGCUUUUCCUAGUAUGCUACCGCAAAAAGAAAGAAAAAAACUGUCAUGCGAGACAAACGCAAAGCUGUGAUGCGAAGCUCCCAAAGAAAAAGAAGUGUCUCACUGUGAUUGUGUUUUUUUCUUGCACAGUGAUCAAAUUAGCAAACUUCCGUCAAGCAGCACUAUUUAUUACGCUUCUAGCGAGAAAGCUCUUCAUGCUGAGUUAAAAAAAUAAUGUACUCUAAUCUAAAUCUAUUGAGGAGAAGAGAUGAAAAUGCAACUGUGCAUAUUAUUAAUCGCUCCUGCUUGAAAUAAACACUAGGAUUGGUGAUGAAGUUGGGAACAAGUAAAAGUUAGAAUUCUAAUGAGGAAUCCACCGAGUUU